AUGUCAACUACCUCAGUGACCAACCACGAUAAUACAGUGACACUGGUGUCAGUUGUACCAACGAGCACCACUACGACAUCAUCAACAUCUGCAACCAAUGGACAUGGAGUAUUACUGGAAGAUCAAUCCCCAUUAGAGAAGAGAAUCAACAUUGACAACAAUAACAAUAUCAAUAACAUCAACAACCUCAACCUCAACAACAACAACAAUGUAACGACUACAUCAACAGCGAGUACAACAUCUGCCAAUGGUGAUGGAGAUUCUGCUCUCCCUCCUCAACCAUCCAAUGCCUCGACAGCCACAUCGACGACCACUCCGCCAAUCUCAAACUUGGCUCCAGAGGUUGAGUUUGGCAACAUUGAGUACAAGUUCAAACUUGUCAACCCAACCGACGAAAGGCUGGAACACCUUGUGAGCCAGCUCAAGUGGCGUUUAGGAGAGGGCAUGGGCGAAGCAAUCUAUGAGAUUGGAGUGGAGGACGAUGGUUCGGCCACUGGUCUCUCUGACGAAGAUGUCGCCGCAAGCAUGGACACGCUCAAAAGGAUGGCAUCAAGAUUGAACGCUGACAUGACGACAAUCAGAGAGAGGAAUGGUGCCAAGGGCAAGGUACUAGAGGUGCUGAUCAGAAAGUACACUUCCGAUGAUUUCUCAGAGGUCAGGAUUACCGUCGUUGGAAACGUCGAUGCGGGCAAGUCCACAUUGCUUGGUGUCUUGACUCGAGGCCAACUGGACAAUGGCAGAGGUUUGGCGAGAAUGAACAUCUUCCGUCACAAGCACGAGAUUGAGUCUGGCAGAACAUCCAGCAUCAGUCAGGAGAUUGUUGGAUUCGACAGCAAGGGCAACGUAGUCAACUACACCAACAACAUGCACAGCGCAAUGAACCCGAGCGAGAUUUGCGAGCUCUCCUCCAAGAUCAUCACUUUCAUUGACUUGGCUGGCCACGAGAAGUACCUCAAGACCACACUCUUUGGAAUGACGGGUCACCAGCCCGACUAUGCAAUGUUGAUGAUUGGUGCCAACAUGGGCUGUGUCGGCAUGACCAAGGAACAUCUGGGCAUUGCAUUGGCACUGCGCGUGCCAGUCUAUGUUGUAGUGACCAAAAUCGAUCGUUGUCCAGACAAUGUACUCCAGGACACAUUGACCGACAUCAAGAAGAUCUUGAAGUCACCUGGCUCUCGCAAGUUGCCAGUGGUCAUUCGCAAUCAUGACGAUGUUGUAGUUGCUGCAAGAAACUUUGUCUCUGAACGCAUUGCUCCAAUCUUUUGUAUUAGCAAUGUCACUGGUGAGAACCUUGACUUGUUACGUACAUUCUUGAACCUAUUGCCAGCCAAGAAGGAUUGGGAAUCAUUGGCUGAUAAACCAUCUCAGUUGGACAUUGAUUCAAUAUGGCAAGUAACUGGAACUGGUACAGUUGUUAGUGGAACUGUGAUGAAGGGUAGGAUAACGAUUGGCGAGAACUUGUUGAUUGGACCAGAUGACUCUGGAAAUUGGAUCAAUGUACAGGUCAAGAGCAUUCAUACAAAGAGGAUGCCAGUGAAACAGGUCAAAGCAGGUCAGAACGCCUCUGUAGCCCUCAAAAAGAUCAAGAGGUCAGCACUUCGCAAGGGAAUGAUUCUCACUCAUCCUUCGGCCAAACCAAUCGCCGUAAGAGAGUUUGAGGCAGAGAUCGUUGUGCUCUAUCAUUCGACAACCAUCACGGUCAACUAUGAGGCUGUCGUGCAUUGUGGCGCCUCGCAGCAAUGUGCCCGUAUCAUCUGGAUUGACAAGGGCGUGAUCAGAACCGGUGACAAGGCCAAGGUACGCUUCCGUUACAUGGCUCGACCAGAGUUCCUCAACGAUGGCAGCCGUCUGAUCUUUAGGGAGGGCAGGGCAAAGGGCAUCGGCAAGAUCACGUCGCUCAUCCCCUACCACCCAGAGAGGGACAACAGUCCUCCACACCCCAAGAUUGCGCACAAGCAGGAUCAGUUGUUGGCAGCCGCUGGCGUAGAUCCUGCCGCUGCACCUGCAGCCACUACCACGACCACCACAACCACGACAAAUCAGCCGGCCACAGGUGGACGUAGAUCAGGGCACCAUCAUCAUGGUCACGGUCAUGGACACGGUCACCACCCUGCAACAGGUAGUGGGGCAGGGCACAAGGCCAAGUAG